GUUUGAUCAGCCAAGUUGACCCAUUAGAAAAUACAAACAUUCAUUCAUUGUCGUUCAUUUUGAUCAUGCCUAGAUUCCAGGCGCUCACCUUAGCUGCUCUCAGUUGUCUGCAUGCAACAACUGCAUCAGCAUACCCACGCCAAGAUGCCAGUGUGCGCACAGAAUACGAUUAUAUUAUUGUUGGUGCUGGAGCUUCAGGCCUCACUGUCGCCAACCGCCUAUCGGAGGACCCUGCUGUGACUGUCCUCGUGAUUGAAGCUGGUGACUUCGAUAAAAAUGAAGACAUCGUGACAAUCCCGGGCCUUGCUGGCGGUGCUGUUGGCACAAAGUACGACUGGAACCUUACUUAUCCCGCCACCACUUCUCUUAAUGGACGCAACGUCUCGAUUCCUUUGGGCAAAGUCGUUGGGGGCUCAACCAAACUUAACCGUAUGGUCUAUGAUCGCGGUUCCAAGGCAGACUACGAUCGCUGGGCUGAGUUAGGUAACAGCGAUUGGCAGUGGGAUACCCUGCUUCCUUAUUUCAAGAAGAACGAAAAGUUCACUGGGCCGACUGCCGAUAUCAAGAAGGAAUAUAGCAUCACCACGGACCCUUCUGCCCACGGCUCUUCGGGUUUCAUUCACUCCAGCUACUCGCCUUUCUUCUGGCCCACGACGAAGAAUCUUGUUGAGGCCUCUGGGGAGCUCGACAUCAACAUCGCCUUCGACCAAGCCAACGGUGGCGCAGUUGGAGGAUACUUCUGCCCUCACAACCUCAACCCCAAGACUCUUGUCCGCUCCUCUGCACAGGACUACUAUAGUGCUGUCUCUCAGCGCAAGAACCUCCAACUUCUUCCAGGCAACCAAGUUACUCGCAUUCUCACUAGCAAGAACGGCAGUUCCGUGAGGGCUACUGGUGUCGAGUUCGCGAAGAACAAGGAUAGCGCCAAGAAGACUGUCAAGGCGAAGAAGGAGGUCAUCCUUGCGGCUGGAGCCAUUCACACUCCUCAGAUCCUGCAGGUCUCUGGUAUUGGCGACUCGGCUCUCCUCUCCAGCAUCGACGUCCCUGUCGUUGUUGAUCUCCCCGGUGUUGGCCAGAACUUCCACGAUCAUGUUCUACUCGCCGUUGUGGGCACAAUCAAUGCUCCUAUUCAAACCGGAAACCUUACUAGCAACGCCACUUUCGCUGCUGAGGCACGCGCUGAAUACGACCAGCAGAAGAAGGGACCUUAUACUUCACCUACUGGUGACUUCCUUUUGUUCCUCCCUCUCUCCAACUACACAAGUUCCGCUUCAGACAUUCACAAGCAAGCCACCAGCCAGGACGGCUCCAAGUUCCUCCCUUCAGGUACACCCGCUGAGGUUGUUAAGGGCUACAAGAAGCAGCAAAAGGUCCUCAACGAGAAGCUCCUUGAUAGCAAGUCAGCCAUCCUGGAGAUUAUCUGGGCCGAUGGAACCUCGGUCCUUGGUCUUCAGCACCCGUAUUCUCGAGGUUCCGUUAGGGCCAAGUCUUCCAACAUCUUCGACUAUCCCAAUGCCAACCCAGAGUUCCUUAAGAACCCUCUUGAUAUCGCCAUUCUUACCGAAGGUGUCAAGUUUGUUCGCAAGCUUUCCGGCGCACCCUCAAUCAAGUCCCUGAACCCCUUCGAGAUUGUGCCAGGAACCAACGUCACAAGUGACAGUGACAUUGAACAGUUCAUCCGUAACAGUGCAUCCACUCUGUUCCAUCCCGCCGGCUCUUGCAAGCUUGGUAGCCGCAGCGACGGCGGUGUCGUUGAUGAGAAGCUCAGAGUCUACGGCAUUAAGGGCCUUCGCAUCGUCGAUGCCAGUGUCAUUCCUUUGCUUCCUGCCACGCAUACUAUGACGACUGUUUAUGCUGUCGCUGAGAAGGCUGCCGACUUGAUCAAGCGUGUCAAGAUGGACGUCUUUGCGACUUUACCGCCGGAGCUUAUCGCGCCGAUACUCAGCAAUUUACCCGACGUCAGAAGCUUAUACAGCGUUGCCAAGGCGUCGCCGCAUAUCUUUCACUUCCUGAACGGGACGUUGGGAGCCGAGGUUCUCGAUAACGUCCUCGAUGCAUCAGCUCAGAAUCUUGCGACAACGCCAUGGAUCCCGCACGUCCUGCGCCUGGUAGCCCUCAUCAGGCAUUCUUCCGCGGCAAACCCACCAGCAAGGAACCUCACCACUUUUAUCACAAAGUUCAUCAUGCCGACCUCGAUUCAGAAUGUCCAAGGAGACCGCGUUCCAGAUAUUCAAUCGAGUCCGCCAUCUUGUAUCCCACGCAUUAGUCUUGCCCAUGUAAUGCGAGGUGACAAUUCCAUUAUGCCGAGAGAAAUGCUGUUCCUCUUCCGGAAGAUCAAGUUGCUUGCAGGAGAGGCCUUUGAAUUCUUUCAUGACAGAAUCAAAGCGACCAAGCCGCAGCAUCUGACUGACAAGUGCUACCAUCUUGGCACGCUUCCUUGGAAUCGACGGCCUGAUGGCCAAUUAUGGGGACAGCCAUACAAGCUCAACACGGGCGGUGAGGCGUCCUGGUAUGAAAUGCAGAGAAUUACCCUUGGCUUUUGGUGUCUCCAGUUGUGCUAUGAGCUCAGUAAUGCUGCUUCGGAAAAGCGGCUGAACUGGUCAGACUCAGAUAUUAAGGCAAUCCGUGACAUGGGAUCCGGCGAGACGUGCCUGUCGGGGCUCAGGAAGUCAAGUCUAUGGAUCGCCCGAGAACCAUUAUGGGCUGCUUUGCUUUACGUCCGACAUUCGGAAGGUUGCUCAGAUGAAAGUUCUUGUGUCGGUGAUACUGAUGUUGUGAAUAAGGGUUUGGGUGUUUUCUUCAAUACAGGCUUCAAACCAGUGGAGGGGAACCAUUUGCAUCUCCCCCCUCCAGAGAGAAAAAGUGCAAACUUCGCAUGGCCCGACGUUAUCCUGAAGCCACCUCCGUUUCCUUGCGUUGACCCAAAUGAUGCGUUUACCUAUCACUGCCACAAAGUUCUAGUUGGAUGCAAGGGCUUGAGAUGGGCUGGGCCACUUUUAUGCCCCAGAGGCACUCCCAGAUUGAGUGAAGGUUUGCUAUUCCGGCCAUUCAGGAGUUUGGGCUUUGGUAUCUGGGAUGACGAACGAUUAGUGACGAUGGAAAUGCUUGAUGACCCCCAGAACAAGAGACCAAGGAGAUUUCAUGUCUGGUGUCAGGACCAAGUUUUCACUUGGACAAGUCUUUUGAGUAGCGAAGAGAAAGAGGAGUUGAGAGUGUACCAAGAGGCUUUGCAGUUAAGGGAGGAACAGGAAUUCGGUGAGUUGAUUGUUGGUGCGAACUAGGAUGAUAUUUCUCUUUGGACAUGACUAUCGGGACCAGCCCCUGACGCGUUACUUGACCGUAUUGAGCAUUAGUUCUUGUAUGAUAAUAUUAAUGAAAUUGAAACAGUCUUCUUUGAUCCGUGAAGAAAGAUUUCA